UUUUGUCACCCGAGAACCAAGAUAUAAUCAAACGACGCCCUCCCAUCCUCAAACACUUUGCAACGCUUUUGCACAUCCUACACACUUCCACUUCGUCGAUCCCGCCAGAACCAAUCCGAAAAAUACAGAGCCCCGCGACAACCGACCAAAAAACAAUGUCUGGACGUGAAGCCUACCAACCACCCAGCUCCAGCUACGGCGGCGGCGGUGGAUUCUCCGCUGGCCUCGCUGCCAACGAAGCCGUGGGAGGCCCGGCUGUUCAGUACGUGUGCGGUGAAUGCGCCGCCAAGGUCAGCCUGACCAAGGGAGACGCCAUCAGAUGCAACAUGUGCGGACACAGAGUUCUCUACAAGGAGCGAACGAAGAGAAUGGUUCAAUUCGAGGCUCGAUGAUCGAACGGGAAACUACACCGCGGUCAAACCACACAAGACAAGAACGCAGGUUCCUUUUGAGAUGACAACGAGUCGAUGGUCGAUGUUAGAGAGAGAGAUGUGGCAUAGCGAGGGCGCUGGGAAAGGAUUCUUUUUUUUCAAAACCGUCAUACGGGGCUACGAUCGGAACAACGAUUAGAUCCGAACUACAAAGCAGAACGAAACGGUCGGGAGUCAGAAGGGAAAAAAGAAGAAACAUGAUGCACACAGAAACGAGAAAUGAAAAUGAUACCAUAAAAAAAUCUCAUCCCAAAAAUCAUGAACGCUGUUUUUUGAUUUUCUUUCUAGCC